AUGGAAACUCAAGCUCUGACGAAAUGUUUGAAGACUGUUUUUAAGCAUAGUGAUUUCAAAUCAAAACUCCAAAAAGAAGCGAUAGAAUGUCUUUGUGAAGGCAAGCCACUUUUAUAGCCAAGUCUAUCAUAUUAAUUUUAAAAAGCCCGUGAUAUUAUUUAUUGAAGAUAAAUUUAAAACAUUCUUAAAUUAGCAAGACUCCGAAGUGAUCAGGUCUGUAUCAUACUUAAUUCCAAAUGACAGAUUUGUUGUCAUCUGGCAGCUUCUGUAACAGCAGGAGUAUGCAAUAAUUAACUGAGUGGCAUUUAAAAAUUUUAGAAAGUUUGUGUAGAAGACAGAUUUCAAAUUCUCGCUGAAGACUCGUUCAUUUCGGAGAUUAAUUUUUGCAUGAUUACACCCAUAGAAAUCUGAUCAUUUGUCAUUAUAUCUUAUACUUGGAGUAUAUCUUAUACUAUGUAAAAUAUGUUGUUUUCUAUCUGUCAGUAUCUGUGCAUGUUAAUUCGUUUAAAUUUAUGAAGCAUUGGAAUUAAUGCAAUGCUAUAUUUAACAAUCAUUCGCCAAAGAGGAGGCGAAUAGUGGUGGAUUAAUACUGAGAGGUGCCGUGGUGAAUUAGAUAUCCACCACUCACACCGACAUUCACAUUGUUUUAGUAUACAUCACACAGAUACCAAAAAAUUACCAUAUUUCUUUCAAUAUACAAGGAAAUGGUAGGAAAUGAAACUCUUUACACAUGACUUUGUCUCAUCAGCUGUUCAGAAGUUAGUAGUACUUGCUAUUCACUUCUGAACUAGAAAGUAGAUUAUUCAAUUGUGUGGUAUAUACUAAAUUAUAUUAUUAUGUCAUUCUUAAGACUGGGGCCAGAUAAUUCUGCAACAUAUAGUGUAUCGACCUCUGCAAACAAAUGUUUUAUUUCAGUUAUGAGUCCAUAGUUAUCAAGGAUUGGGUUAGGUUUAAAUUAUAAGGCCCUGUAAUUGGUCUAGAAAACUUCCCCAACCCUCUCAACCAAUCAAAUGCAAACAAAGACCAAUGGCAACUUGAAAUCACUGGCAUGCUCUACUGUUAGAACACAUUAACGAUCAAAUUACAAGGACAGAGGUUACCAGGACAAUUUUCUUCAUAUGCUAUAGCAUGCAGAAUUUUUGUAACAAGAGAAAUUUAUUGAGAAAUUCAUUUUUUAGCCUCUACAAAAUCUCACACUCUAAAUAAUAAUGAUCAAAAUAUUCUACAAAGAGUCAAAGGAAGAAGUCGUGUAUUUUGAUAACUUUUUUUUCAAAUGUUUAUUUUGGCCAAAUAAAUACAUUUGGGUGGAAGUUGUUCUUGUAUAAUUAAAUUGGAAAUUUCCAUUUUUGGACUUCAUUGUAAAAAAAUAUAUUUUUUUAAACAGGGAAACAAGAUGUUUUUGUGUCCAUGCCUACUGGAUCAGGAAAGUCACUUUGUUAUCAACUUCCAGCAGUUGUGGCUGAAGGAAUAACAGUUGUCUUUUCUCCUCUGAUUGCCCUGAUUCAAGAUCAAGUAUCACACUUAAAAUCACUCUCUAUCAAAGCUGAAACACUUAACUCAAAACUUUCAGCUUCUGAGAGAAAGAAGGUGUAUUCAGAAAUUUAUAAACUGAAGCCUUUGAUCAAGCUUUUGUACAUCACUCCUGAACUUGCAGCAACACCUGGAUUUCAGAAAGUGUUGAGUUCUCUGCACAAGAGAAAGCUUUUGUCAUACUUUGUUGUGGAUGAAGCACAUUGUGUGUCACAGUGGGGACAUGACUUCAGGCCUGAUUACCUGAAGCUUGGUUCAUUGCGAGGACAGUUUAGUGAUGUGCAUUGGAUUGCCCUCACAGCAACUGCUACACCUCAUGUUCAAGAAGAUGUGCUCUCCUCUCUCCAGCUCCACAAACCCACAGCAAUUUUCAAGACUUCUUGUUUUCGGCCAAAUUUAUUUUAUGAUGUUUGGUAUGUAGAACCGACCAUUGGAAUUUAAGAGGUCUGAUCCUUGUAAAUUUAAAAAGCUACAACUUUUCCUUUUAGCUAAAAGAAAGUUUCCAUAUCAAAUCUCUUUCUAACUGAAUUAUUUCUGAUACAUUUGUGCUUUAGGAUAUUAAUUGUGCAAUGGCUGUUUCUUGUAAUAAGUUUUUUUUUUUGCAUUUAAAGUUUCAAAGAACUUCUUGAUGAUCCAUAUGCUGACCUAAAGGGUUUUGCUGAGUCAGCAUUAUCAGAACCGGACAACAGUGGAGAUGGGGUAAAGGUGAUUUCUAAGUAAUGUUAUUACACACUUCUCCUCCAAACUAAUGUGGUGAAACUUUUCAGACUGAAUGUACUCUUUCUUUUAAUCCUUCACUUGCCAAUAGGCCUCUCUCUAUAGUAAUUCUACUCCUGCCACCUCCUCCUCCCUUUCCCACAAAAAAAUGAAAAAAAAAGUUAUAGUCUUAUUGCUAUUAAUUUGGGUAUUUAGUGACAUCACAACAAAUUGUAUUUUGUAUUUGAAAGCCUGUAUAGGUUUUUGAUUUACACACUCUGUGUUUUCAACAAAAGACUGAAAUGUGUAGUGUGUAUGGUUCAAUAUAGGUGGCAAUUUUGAAAAUAGUUAAUGACUCCCAUUUAGGCUCUCAGAGAAUUUUGAUUAGCCAUCCUCCACCCUAUUAAGCUGUCCAUCUGUGGCCUUGGAAAUAAGUAAGCCCUGCCUCUCUCUAGGAGCUUGUCAAAUCUGAUAUCUAAUCUCUUCUUCCAUUUAUUGACUUUAUCCUUUAGGGUAGUGGUAUUAUUUACUGUCGUACUCGUGAUGCCUGUCAAGAAGUGGCUUCAAGGCUGAGUAGAAAGGGACUCUCUGCAAAAGCUUAUCAUGCAGGUAUGGCUGUACCAGUUUGUUUUAAGUGUAAAAUACAGUAUUAGUAAAUUUUUAUUGAUUCUGAGGUACAUGCCAAACACCCUAAAUGAGCACACACAUGUAAUUUUCCCUAACCUGUCAUCCUUAAUGCCAGAAAUACUUUAAUUCCAUGUCGCUGUUAUUGGGUUGGAGGCCUAAAACUCUUGCACACAGGCUGAGUGGCUUGCAUGGCUGGAGUGUAUCUCAGUUUCUAUAUUGAGUGAGGUGACUUGGACUAUUUUUUCUCUCCUUGGAUUGGAUGCUUGUUUAAGAAUGUAACCCUCAGAAUUUCAUUAGGUUUCACUGAUAGUUUACCAGUAUAAGUAUAUGAAUAAAUCUUUGGUGGGUGGAUAGGGCAGUGUGUUUUGUUAACACUAGCUCAUCUGUUGGAUAGUCAUUUAUCUGUUGGAUAAUGUCAUUCUUUACCCUUUGGUUAACAGAACCCUUGAUGGGUGCAAUCAAUGUAGCAUUGCAUGGGUUUGCUUCCCCAUCUUUCACUUCAAUUCAGAUUCUUUUUUAUUUCUAAAAUUUCCUGAGUAUGUUUCUAUAAAGCAUGAUCUUUGGCACUGGCACAGAUUGUAAUGCAAGUGUUUGACACAGGUUUGAAACCAGCUAAACGAGAUGAGGUCCAGCAGGAGUGGAUGGAUGGAAAAGUUUCAGUUAUUGUGGCUACUAUAAGUUUUGGUAUGGGAGUUGACAAAUCCUCCGUGAGGUAAAUAAUCUUUUUCUAGACAAGUGUAUUGGAUAUAUAUGCUAUUAGCCUUAAUUCUAAGUGGCCAUUACAAUUUUUUUUUAAUUUUGUUUUCUUAAAUGUCAAGAGAUGAUAUUCUGACUAGAAGCUUGUAGGAAAGGGGAGAAGGUACCAUUGAAGGUUACUAAAAAUUUGGACUGUGAGACAGUGGUUAUAAGGUUUUCAUAUUGUAAUGGUAGACAUCACUGCAGAAAAUGCAUAGUUUUGUAAAAAUGUUUAGCAACAAUUUCGUUUUACCUUACAUGAAGACAUUAAGGUGACAUGCAUUGAUCAUUUUUUGUAAUUUUUUCUUCUUUACUAAGAGACACCUUCUUAUUUUCAGUUACAGCUCAUCAACUUGUUGUCUUUUUGUCACUAUUCCAGAUUUGUUGUGCACUGGACAUUGCCACAGUCAAUGGAGGGGUACUACCAAGAGUCAGGUAGAGCUGGAAGGGAUGGAAAACCCUCCUUCUGCAGAUUGUAUUAUUCCAAGUGAGUCAGAGUGGUUUGUGAUGUUUCCUGUGUGGUCAAUGAAAAUCUAUAUAAUUUUGUCUUACCUCUACUGUUAAUUACCUAUCACCUUUUGUGCUAUUGACAGCAUUUCAUGAUAUUCUUAUUGAUAAAGUAACUCUCUCAGAAGAACUGGUAGUGAUUGUUACAAGGAAAUCUAUUGGAAUUUCAUUUAUUUUUGCCCCUGAUUUCAGGCUUGAAAGGGAUCAGGUAUUUUUUCUCAUUAAAAAAGGAAUCAAGGAAAAGAAGGUAGAGGUUUAAAUAAGAUUAAUGGGACAAAAAUGUUCCCAAAGUACAACCUGUAAUUGUAGUUCUGCCCGCAAUUGAAAACUUUCAAACUUCAUUGUGCUUGUUGUUUUGAAGUUGGAAAGUGAUGUACAUAUUCCUUAAAAUUUGAUGGUGAUUGAAGAUUUCCUUGUUUGAAAGGUUAUUUUUUAUAAUCCACAACUGAAGGAAUAUGUCAGCAUUUAUUAAACAUUACACGGAGGCACACUGUAGUUGUCAGGCUCGCUAUUCACGCAUUCAAUAAAUUGUGGAUUAGAUGCGUUUAGAUUUGUGCAAGGGCUAAGGGUUCUACACAUUGCUAAAGCUUAUCUCAUGUUUGCACAUGGUCAUUGUGAAGAACGACUCUCUGAAAAAACCUUUUGGCCAAUUACCUUUUGAAAAAAAAAUGCAAUUAGGAGGGUAAAUACUCUUUCUGGAUGGGUUCCUUGUCCAUCAUAGGCUAUUUCCAUUACGAUUUGCCAUUAGUUUACUGCUUCUCAUUUGUUCUCCUUGUAAGAUAGAGGUAAUGUAAGGGUAAAGUGUCUUGCUCAAUUGCUCGAGAAAUCAGUAUGCUACAAACAUCUGGAAUAGGCCAAGAGUAGUUACCUCUGUCCAUACUAAAUGUCAUUCUGCACGAGUCCAACCAAAUUCGAUACUUUGCGCAACAUGACUUAAUAGCAUAGCUUUUUCUGUACGUGGGGCGCAAGGUAAACUUUUCUAAAUGGCAGUUUGUUUUCUUGUAGCAAAGUGCUUUGUCUAGUGGAAGGAAGGAUGAAGCAGUUCAGUCUAGUUACGAGGCAAUUGUAAAAUAUUGCGAACAACCCAGGUAAGGACAAUGAUAUUUUAUUGGUUCCUCUGCGUUAGUGCUUGUUAACUCUCAACAUCUCUGACCGAGAGAAAGUUCAUAACAGUGGUUAGUAUUUUUUUUUUACGGUGUAAGAAUUUGAUUUAAAAUGUUCAUUGCCUUUAUAUUCCAGCUGUAGACACGCUACGAUUGCGUCUUAUUUUGGAGACAGCAAACCAAAGGUUCGUCUAAGUACAGCGUACUAAAUGUUUUGUUUGUUUUGUUCGCUUGUCUAUUUCUUUGUUUGUUUUUCGAAGCGUACUUGAUGCUCGCUAAAAUACGCAAUUGUUAAGAGGAGAAUCUGGUGGAUGCUCACCCCUCUCGGAUUUGCGAGUGUAGGUGGCCGAGAAUCAACCAAUGGAUCUCGGCAUCUCAAAGUUAGUGUGGAGUAUCGUUGAGAAGGAUGUUACAUUUCUUCAAAGUAUAGUGUGCUUAGGCGUUCAUGAGUUAGUCAACGUAGAGCGCGGUUUGAUUAAGCGUGUUUACACCAGAGCCCAACAGCCAAUCAGAACCAAAGAGAAUUCAUAAUAAAGCUCAAGCGCGGGAAAGCGCAAGUGACCAAGUCGCGACUAGUUUCACUCUUCCAUUUGAUUCAGGUUGAGGGGUCACGUGAGUUUCGAAACCAUCACAGAGCUUUUUAAAGCGAAACCAAAGCGAUUAUGGUGGGCCUGUAGCGUAUGGAAAACCAUGCUUAACCCUUGCCAUGUUACCCUUUUUCAAAAUAGAGUUCCUCGUCUCUUUAUUCACAGUGUCCCAAAGGCUGUGACUACUGUAAAGAUCCUGAUGCAGUAGACAAUCUUGUGGAUCACUGGCGCCGCGGAGUUAUAGCAGUUCGCAACAGGAACGUGACCGCUGGAAGAACGUACAUUGCUUACGGUCUGUCGAGCGGAGAAGAUGAUGAGCUUUAUGGAGGAGGAAAGUGGGGAUACGACAGAAAGUAAGAAUAUAUAACAUAUAUAAUACAUGAGGUUUGAACUCUUCUAAGUCCAAACAGUAGUUACGGUGAAAUUUUAAGAAAAAUUCAAAGUGAAACUUUGAUAGGUCGUAGAGAAAUAAAUUAAUGUAUAUUCAAACGAAGUGUAGUCCGCAGCUUCAAUAGAUGCAACUUUAGUGUUGGCUCUGGAGCAAAAUGGUGGAGGCCUUUUGAGAUGGUAAACACGCUGGGUUCUAAUGGCUUAUUAGUAUUCUUAAGAAAAAUGACCGUAGAUGCUUUACCAAUGAUUUCUUUGAGACGAUUUAUGGUGUUUCAUCGUGCGAAAAGGAGUACUUGCUGAAAGUAACAACCAGUAGCCUAUGCCGUUUAAAAAUCUAAUUAUUUCUAUCUGUCGGGUAGAUUUAUCUUUUGUCACUGGUAAGGCAGUGGUGCUGAGUUUAGAUGGAGUAAGGUAUUGUUCUGUUACUUCUUCGCUGUUACGGAGUGCACACGAAUAGUCCUAUGAUAUCUUGAUGCUUGGAAUUUCCAGGGUAUUUGAAGACGAAGACAAUGAUGAUGAUAGCGGUGCAGGAGCCAGUGAGGAGGAACGUGCUUUCCGAUGUAAACUGAUCGCGGAUGAGUUCAGGAAACGCCGCAGGGUAAUGUUAACGAUGAAUACGCAGUUACGUUACCAACACGAAAGAUACUUUUCAACGAAAAAACUUGCGCGCUUUAAGAACGCUUUUCAAUUAAAUGUGUAAAGCGAAAACCAAUGUAUUCACAGCAGUCAAUCAGAGCAAAGGAAUUACUCACAAGGUGACAGAGGGAGCUCUAGUAAAUACAAGCCAAUUGUCUGAAUUGCGGAAAAACGCAAGUAAACAGGUCGCGAUUGGAUUAAAUUUUGCAUUUGGUUGUUUGAGAGGGUAACGCGAGUUUUCUUGACCAAUCAAUCACAAGGCAAAGUGGAGCAAAAUCCAAAUAAUCUAGGAGCAAAACAGAGCACAGCAAUCUGGACCAAUCUGGUCUGAAAGGUUGAAAUAUGGUGGUACAAUGCUUGAAAACGUUCUUCUAUGCGCAGUCAACGUCCUUCUAUGCGCAGUCAACGUCCCACAAUUAUAGCACUUGCCUUAACUUAUCAUUCGAGGAAAGACGUAGUUUCUCGCAAAGUCUUAACUCUCGUUGGGAAAUUCUUAUUUCUUUGGAGGUAAAGAUUCUUUUUCUAGCAAAACCCUGGUGUCUCCUUUUUUUACCUCCACAGUCUUGUUAGUUUAGCUUCGUUGCUAAAUAAAUACCAGCUGUCUUAAUCUCCAAAGAAGUAAAACAUUACAGCCUCAAACUCAUAGUUGUGUAAUUAAGUAUUCAGCGCUUUACUUAACUGAGUAACAUGUAGUAUUCAGCUAUUUUUAAUAAGUGCAAAGUUCAGCAUCAAAAUUCAUUCUUAAUCUCUCUUCUUUACUUGUGCAGGGACAGCCUCAGUUCUCUUCGAUCAGUCACCAAUCACCUAGUAAGUUUAAUAAUUAAUUCUUUGGAGUUAAAAGAUCGUAGUUUCCUUAUAAAAAAAGCAAAUCAGAGCUAUUUUCGCAGAAAAUGCAGGAUUGCAGUUAUUUCUCAGAUGGAAUCGUAAAAAUCUCGCAUUCAUGGGAGUACCUUUCUUAAGUUGGAUCUGUAUCUUUCAAGAAGAAUUUCAAUCAUGGAUGCUUGCGAUUUGAGUUCGGUUCUUGCGUGCUUGCGACAAAGCACCAAAAAAUAUGGCAGACCUGACUGACGGAAGGGCGCUAAUCAAAGACCCUCUAUUAAAAAAUCCUGGCCAUGCCCUUGCAGUACCAACCAUAUUUUUUCGUUUUUCGUUUGCAAUAGGUCCUGACUGUCGUCUCAAAGAAGCGACAAAUUACUUACAUAUUCCAAAGCUCUCCGUCCAGGUAGGAUUGUAAAGUCUGGGUAAAUCUCAUCAUCGUGUAGAACUUGUCUCAAAAAAGCUUCUUCCGGCUCUGCUCUCUCCAUGUCGGGAAGCAGUGUGGCCGUCAGCUUUUGAGGCAGACGAGCUCUUUAGACCAAGAAAUUGUUAACCCUUUGUAUGCACUCACUCUAUCCCUAUUUUUGUUUCAGGUGAGAGAACAUUGUUUCGGUCUGUUGGACGAAGCAAUGAAAGCAAAUAUAAAUCAAUGUGCCAAAAUGGACAAUUCUGCAAGGUAUGCCUAAAUACGAUCACGAAUUUGUUCUGUUACUAAACAAACUUGUAGUCUUGCAUGGGUAACAGCCUUAGAGUUUCAAAACUUGUCCUAACCACAUCACUUUGUGCACUCAGCUUGUAAGUUAAGAUGGCGUCGAGUUGUGUUGUGUCAAUUACCUCACAUGUCGAAAAAGGAAAAGGAAAAAUCACGCAAAUCUGCGAGAAGGAUUUUCUCUUACAACUUACCUGAUGCUGAAAAAAAUUAAUCGAAAAAGUAAAAAUCGACAAACAUUUAUGUCCCAGCGUUUCUUGUUGCAUCAAACCGGUUUCGCAAAGAAGACGACGAAGUUUCCUUGACUUCUGGUGACAGCUCUAUGAGUGACAGAAAUGGCAGAUUGCUUUCACUGCGCUCUCUGUGCAGUACAAUCGAGAAACACAAUCACAGUCACAGCCGUUUUUUGGGCCGACAACCCGAACAGCAACUGCGACGAAGACGAGAUAUUGAUAUGCUUAACUUUUUCCCUUUUAUUUUUGUCCUCUUAAGGUUAUUGUUUGAGAUGGAGUCCACUCUGGUUGACAUUGAACAUACUAUCUUCAAGAAUAGCAAGACUGAUAUCGGAUACAAAACUACCAUGCUUAAAAAGGUACCAUGAAUUAAUGUUCUUAAAUCGUGGCCAUUUCAGUUUCGGUAGUCAUUUCCCUUUCUUAUCCAAAUUUGAUCUUUCUUUUGCCAUAUUUGGAGUUAGAUGCGUUCGAUAUUAAAAAAAAACAAACAAGUUGGGGUAGGUAACUUAGCAUCAGCCAUACUGUUGCACCGUACUUGGCCAUAUCGAUGUACAAAUCCAACUCUUUUGUGGCUGAAUUCCUUUUCAAUGUAAGCAAUAUGUUUUUGUUCAUUCAGUACUGCUUAUGGUCGUAUUACGAGUGACUUAGAGUCCUUUCUCUUCCAUUUUAUAGUCACCAAAUGUCCUAGCACUGUAGCGGUUACAUUUAUUAUGAUUGUUGGUUUAACUUAAUUUAGGUGAGUGAGGUGAAGUCUAGUUCAAGUAAUGGCAGCGUUUUUGUUUGGGAUGGAGCCUAUUCGAACAGCACAACAUCUUCAACUUCAGUUAUGGAUGAAAAAAACGGAGACUUCGACGAGGUAUGUGUCUGUGUUACUACUUCGUCCGAUAGGAGUCAUCUCUUAAACCACAAACAAAACAAUAGGAACAGCCAAUCAGAACGAUGAACGUAUGACAAGGAGCCAAUGCGAUCUCAAACAAACGAUGAAACAAACCGCCUGAAAUGCUGGAAAUCAGGAUUAUCAAAUCGCGAUUGGUUUUAAUAUUGCAACUGAGAUGGUGGCGGGAUUUUUCUGGACCAAUCACAGAACAGAGAAAGGCAAAAACCAAUGCAAUUUCAGACCACUUUAUACCCCAUUUGUAAAGUUGUCGCAACCAUUUUAUAGGGAAGAAUAACACCCUAGGAAGCAUCAUUUUUGUCUUUUUAAGCAAAAAACUUGGCGCGUCAAUCGGGAGGCAGUGGAGCCCUUUCUUGAUCGGAAAAAAAUAAAACCGCGAGGUUCACAAUACCUCUUUUGUGUUGUAUACUGUUUUCGCUCCUGCUGAGGACAGUGAUCGCACUUUCCAGGACAAAAGAUGCUUUUGCGUGGAAAAUCCUACUUGUACUCGUCCUAAAAUCUGAAGGUCUCCAUUAUGACCAUUUUGUAUAAGUGUUACUCUCCGCUCAAAUAAAUUUUCACUGUUCCAGGAAACAGAGAAGAGGGACAACAUGGGAUGCACUUCAUUUGUGUCUGCACUACAGUUGAUGGUAGGUGGAGUUUCCAUCGCGUAUUUCUUUCUUUCUUCGUCGGCAUUAUUCAUAAAAUAAUUCUGAGACCGUCAUUUCAAGAAUUAGUGCUUCAGUAUUGGCGUUGUCACAACAGGCUUGUCUAAUUAAAGCACGAAAAUCCGUCACCGCUUGAUUCAUUAUUAUUCUUUCUAACUAUAUGCUAGGUCUCCUUCUAACUGGCAGUACUCCAUGUCUACUGCAGCUGCAAUAAUGACACUAUUUACAACGGAAAUUGGUUUUGUUUUAGCACGACUAACGUCUUAAUGUUUUUUUUUAGGUUAAAUUUAAGCGGUAAAAGUGCCCUAGUAACUGUUUAAUUUUACUUCUUCUAUGUCACUCAAAAAUUGCUUUCAAAUAUGCAAAACAAAAAAAAUACUAUGGUCACCGCCAUGUAAAAUUUUUCUUUGUAACCUGGCCGCCAACCUGUAAGUCAAGACAGUCUCUCUCUUUUUUUUUUUUUUUUUUUUUUUUUUGUUUUUUUUUCAUCUCUGGCCGAUCUGUUGGAACAAUUAAAAAUCUGUUUAAAAAGAUUUAACGGAAUUAUUUUUGUUUCACUUUGAAAUUGUUUGUAUCUCUCUCUGCACAUAGAAAUCAAGUGAUGCCAUAACAAAAGAGCCGGCUGAAUCCAAACAACCAGUUAAGGUAAUUCUCCAACCAAUGGCUCCUUUGAUGCCAAGGAAGCGAUAAUCAGGCAAACCAAUUAACAAUUAUUCGUCAAAGGCUCAGUGAAUAUUGUUGAGUCUUAGCAGUUUUAUUUAAUUCAGUCAGAGAGAACUUCAUAUCUUUCUUUUUUAAAGUGUUCCGCCAAACCCAGCAGCAUUUUUUUUUGCUCUUUGAAAUGGAAUUUUCUUCCAUCGCGUUCAUCGCUUCCUGGUAACACUGACAAAACGUGAGGCAGCCAUUUUGAAAUUUAGCGCUCCUGCUAUGAUCAUCUCGCGCGAGGAACGCGCAAGGUGAUUAUAUCGAGGUAUGACGAAAUCCUCGACCAAUCAGGGCGCAUGCAUCUUUAUAAUAUCCGUAUCAAUUGUACUAAUGGUCUAUAUUUGCUCUUAUUUUAUUCUUUUAUUUAUGUUUUGAUGUUGUGUCUUGUAGGCUCCCAUUCGUAGAGUGAUUCCAACAAUAAAGUACUUCUUCGAAAUCGGGUAGAGUUAAGACUUAUUGUAGUUAGUUAGAUUCUAGCGACCGUAAGGUUUCUAUCAACUUCAUGCAAAUGAAUUAGAAAAACAAAAGGCAUGUUGUUGUUGAGACACACCAGCGGGACACCCACAAUCACUAAACAGAAACGAUCCUAGUGAAAUCAUCACCACUGGUCACCGUGAACAAUUCACCAUACUAAUUUUUUUAAUGUACAGAAUUUUCUUCAUUAAGGACGAUACCCAAAUAUGACACUCAGUCUAACUCCGUUAGAGAGAAACAAAGUAUUUCUGCGCGUCACAUUGCAUUUUAGUCAUUUGCAUCUUUUGUACGUCUUUCGCGCGUCUUUCCCACUUCAACGAAUGCGUAUAGUGUGCCUUAACUUGAAUUUGAAACUGAUGACACGGAAUUGUCGUAAUGUCAUUCGUUUAUUUUUAUAUUCAGUUGUUUAUUUUGAAUACAGUAGUAAUAGUGAAGUCAAAGAAGAACCCUUGCAGCAACCGCAGCAGCCGCCCGAGCAAGAGCCACCAAAAUCACGAUACGUAGGAAAAGGUGCAAGAAAGUCAGCUAAAAAGCGUAAAAAUCACAAACAAGUUGCGUCAGAGGUUGGUGCUCCUCUCCCUUACCUUGUUUAAACAUUGGUGAACAGUUGGUUGCCCUUUUCGGUUUGGAAAGUAGAGGGUUUUUCCCUCUGACUGCUUGAAAUUCAGGCCAUCAAUUAAUCAUGUAAAUAGCUAAUUUUGUUAGUGUUUUUCUGUUUACCAUUUAUCUUUGAAAAGGGCUUUUGGUGGUUGGAAGAUUCACCUCUUCGUAAGAAAACCAGGUUAGAAGAUAAUAAUUCAGAACAUCGUAGUAAAACUGAAAAUGCUGCGACUUCCAGUGACGUCUUCUUCAGCAAAGCGUCGGAGUUGAAGCCUUUGAAACGCGUCAGCAAAAGUGCCUCGUUCAAGCUUAAUGAUACAAAUUCAGUUCCAUGGCAAAUGCUUGAAAGUUGUUCACCCAAGGACAAGCUUCUGCUGAACAUACGUCCUUCGUUAAAGACAAACACUACGGCCUCUAACGAAGGCGUUCAUCAGAAAGGGUCUAGUGAUGGCUCGCCACUUGGUAUCCAUGGUAAUGUCUCGCCAGGAGACUCUGUGGGUGUAAAGGAUGUUGCGAAUGUGGUUGUUAAGUACUUGUCUCCCUACCUCAAACAAGGCUCUAUUACCUCCAAGGUAAGUUCCAGCAUUACUCCUGAAUGUAUUUAUUGGAACCGCGAGGGAACUGGGAUUAAGACAGAAAAGUCAAUUCUCUAUCAAAGCCACCGACGCGAGUUUUUUUUCUUUGCCACGCCGAAAAAUGGAAAGCGCUUAGUUUGUUAUUUUUAUAAAACCUUUUCAGUGUUCUUGCUAUUCAUAAUGACUUCUAAGUUAUCGAUAGUUGAGAAUAUUUCUUAACCUACUAGUUCUCCUUAAUGGAUUCACUGUAACCUGCAAACUAUUGGUUCGUUACUACUUCUUUAAAUCAUCCAACAGUCAGCUUGUCUCGAAAUUUGAAUACGAUCUUAAACUUUGCCGGGUAUUUUUUUUUAGUUAUUUUAAACCUGUCCUUCGCUCCAAUGACUGACUUAAACUGUAUAUGCGGUCCUCUGACUUUUCUGCCUACCCCACACUGUUGAAUAGUAAAUGCUAGUGAGCAAUCUUACAGAAGGCUUUUCAUGUUUAGAGCAGCACAAUUGCCUGUAGUUUCCAACACAUUAAUGUUUUCACUAUUGUAUCCUACGAUUUAAAUUAUAACAGGCCUUGUUUAAGUUUUUGGCUCGCUGCAUCACUCACAGACUCAUGGGAUCUGGCAAAGCGUCUUCUUCUUCAAGUAAGUUCCUGCCGAUAUGCUCACUGUCGGCAUUUUCUGCAUAGUGUCAAUUAGCAGGUACUUCCUUAUUUCAACUCUUCCCUCGAAGCCUUGAAUGGUUCCCUGGGGUUAGAAGUUUCUCUUUAAAUGACAGUUUUCUUGUGUAGCAAAGCACCAAAGAGGUGUGAAGAAAAUGUUGUAGAAUGCAUAAGAUUGACACAGAUUGCACACGACGACUUGAAAAUACAAUUUUUUUUUUACAAUUUUUGAAAAUACAAAUCGAACCUUUUUCAGUUUCCCUUGAAGGUUCAAGUUAUCAGGAGUCGACUGUAUGUCUUACUUGAAGAAUGACACCUCACAGCGUUACUUAGUCGUGCUGCAUUUAAUACUUUACGUGCUUCUCUCUUAAAAGGAAAACAAGAAGUUAAGACGACAGUAAAGAAGUUGUUUGAGGUUUGCAAGAAAUUUGAAAAGGAAAGUGACUGGGAGAAAUACGUCCGAGCUGAAGAAUCUGGCAAGGCAUAAUGAUUAGGAAGUUAAUUUGAAGAAUCUUCAUUCAUCAGAUAUUUCUUCUGUCGAAGGAAUGUGAAAAUAUUUUUUGUUAUUGCAAUGGUUGUGUUAAACACUGAAUAUGACAAUUUAAGUCAAACUCAUUAUUUAUAUGAAAAUUAUAAGUAAAAUUAUUGAAUUAUAAGAAUUGAUAAAGUGGAG